UCUGUCUUCGGAGCCGCCCACCAGGCCGGCGGCGCGAUGGCGGAGGAGGUGAGCAGUCUGAUGAAGGCCACGGUCCUGAUGCGGCAGCCCGGGAGGGUGCAGGAAAUCGUGGACGCCCUUCGCCGGGGCGGAGGAGACCGUCUGCAGGUGAUUUCUGAUUUUGACAUGACCUUGAGCAGAUUUGCCUACAAUGGACAGCGGUGCCCCUCUUCCCACAAUAUUCUGGAUAACAGCAAAAUCAUCAGUGAGGACUGUCGCAAAGAGCUCAGGGCGCUCUUUCUCCACUAUUACCCCAUUGAGAUUGACCCACAGAGGACCAUCAGAGAGAAGUUGCCGCACAUGGUACAGUGGUGGACCAAAGCCCACAAUCUGCUGUGCCAGCAGAAGAUCCAGAAAUCCCAGAUAGCGCAGGUGGUUGGGGAGUCCACAGCGAUGCUCAGGGAGGGCUAUAAGACAUUCUUCGACAUGCUCUACCACAACAACAUUCCUCUCUUCAUCUUCUCGGCGGGCAUCGGUGAUAUCCUGGAAGAAAUUAUCCGGCAGAUGAAAGUGUUCCACCCCAACAUCCACAUUGUCUCCAACUACAUGGAUUUCAGUGAGGAUGGUUUCCUGCAAGGAUUCAAGGGCCAGCUCAUCCACACCUACAACAAGAACAGCUCCGUGUGUGAGAACUCUGGCUACUUCCAGCAGCUUCAGGAUAAAACCAACGUCCUCCUGCUUGGAGACUCCAUAGGGGAUCUCACCAUGGCUGACGGGGUCCCCGGGGUGCAGAACAUUCUCAAGAUUGGCUUUCUAAAUGACAAGGUGGAGGAACGGCGGGAGCGUUACCUGGAUUCCUAUGACAUCGUGUUGGAGAAGGACGAGACGCUGGACGUGGUCAAUGGGCUCCUGCAGCACAUCCUGCACCAGGGGCGCUGCGUGGAGCUCCAGGGCUCCUAAGCGUGAAGGCUCCGGCCGGGCCCCGCAGGCGGUGAUGAGGAAGACUGCCCGUGAAGCCUCCUCUGUGGGCACAGAGACAAGUCCAGGGCAAACGAGCUGCUGGCCCCCUCACCCCGUCCGCAUGCCUUUGCCUUCCUCCUGCUCUGAAGAGGCUUGAGGGAGGUCCCGCCCGUGGGAAGGCAACGAGCCUGCUUCCAAGUGAACCUUGGACUGCUUCUGUGGAUCCCCUAGUCCAAGGGUUCUGUCUAAGAAAGUUUUCAGAGCUGGGAAUACAGAUAGCGUAGUGGCAAAGCACCUGCCGAGCAUGUGGAGAGGGCCCUGGGAUCUGUCUCCAGCACUGUAUUUAAAAAAAAAUAAAUAAAAUAAAACUAUACACUGGA